UGAGGUAUAAGAGGCGGGCGAAAAAGCGUCUUUCCCCAAUCGAUCUGUCUCUCAAGCUCCACCCACUUGGGGAAGUAGCGAACACAUUAUCCUUCACACACCCACAUCCAUACACGAACAAAGCCAUCUACCCUCCAUCCCUUCUCUGCCAUGCUCGGGCACUUAAAGCGCCCUACGGCUCUUGCCGCUCUAGGAGCUCUUCUCCUCGUACUCGCCAACAGCGCCACCGCUGCGCCUCUUAUCGACAGACGGGCCGAGGUCGCUGUGGACUCCGUUGGAGGUGAAGACCUCGUAGCUCGUGUCACCAAAUUCCCCGUGCUUGGACACCCUGGACGAGUUCCCUACAAGACGCCAAUCAGAAGUGCGCCGCCCGGGGAAGGCGUCAACGACCCCAAUGACCCUCCUCGCCGCAAGCCACACCCACCCAAGCGAGAGGAGUUUGAGGCUCGUGCUCAUCCCUUCCCCAGCCACGAACACCCUGGACGAGUUCCUCACAAGACGCCAAUCGGAAGCGCCGAGCCCUAUCCGGGCGUCAACGACCCCAAGGACCCUCCUCGCCGCAAGCCGCACCCACCCAAGCGCGAAGAGGUCGAGGCUCGAGGCUACGGCCGCCUACCACCUGAGCAUCCAGACCCGAUCGAUCCUUACUACCAUCCGGCUCCGCCCACCAAGCCAAAGAAGCCUCAUCCGCCUCAGGAAAGGGAUGUCGAACUCGCUUCCCGCCGCUUCGGACCUGGACAUCUAGGAGGCCAGGACCCUGUGAAGUCUGGCCAUCCCACACCAUUCAUUCCUGUACCUAAGGUGGAUCCUGAACCUGGCUCUCACAAGAAGCCUCAUCCGCUCAGGCGAGAAGAGGUCGAAGCUCGUGGCCCCGUCCAUGGACCAAUCUCACCGCCAGUGGACGUGCCUGGUGACGAGCCCACGAAGCCGAAGCCUAAGCCUCCACAUGAGAGAGACGCUCAAGAUGACUUGCACCCUAUCAAGAGAGGACGAGAAGUCGGAAACGAGCCGCCCGAGAGGACUGGCCUGAUCAAUAAAGGAGGUGCCGGGUCAAGAAUUCCUCCCAAGAAGCACCACACACAUCCUCCAAGCGGACACUUGGUCAAGCGAGGACCAGAAGCCGGGUAUGAUCCUCUUGAAGGACACGGUGUUUCCUACCUCCCGCCUGCAUUGAUGCCGCCUGAACAUGAUCCACACCAUCAUCCUUCCCCACACAAGUCGCAUCCUCCCAGAGAUGACCUUUCUCGGCGAGGACGGGAAGCCGGAUAUGUUCCUCCUAAAAGCCACGGGAUUCCGGACCUCCCUGGAAAGGUGUUUCCCCCUAAACAUGGUUCACACAAUGUUCCUCCCCCGCACAAGUCUCAUCCUCCCAGCGAAGACCUUUCUAGGCGAGGGCGAGAGGCCGGAUACGUUCCUCCUAAAGGAACUAAUCUGCACCUUCCCCCCAAGGUGUUCCCUCCUAAGAACGAUGUCCCUCCCCCGCACAAGUCUCAUCCCCCGAACGAUGACCUUUCUAGGCGAGGACGAGAUCACGGAAGCGAUCCAGCAUUAGGCAACGGCCCAAUCCAUCUCAUUCCGCCCGGACGCCCUAGUCAACCGUCUCGCAGGGACCUGGACGGACGUGCCACCUGGGAAGAGUCUAAGAUCGCAAAGGGGUCAAGCCCGCUCCCCGGUGGUCAGUACAGCCAUGAUAGACCUGGCCCACCUCAUCUCAAGAGAGGACGAGAAGCCGGCCACAUCGGUCGCAAGCCAGGAGGCAUCAGCUCGCCCCAUCGACCUCCUGUAGCUGAUCCGCACGAUGAUCCACCGUCAAAGGACCAUCCUCCCGUAGAAGAACUCUCCAAGCGAGGGCGAGAGAAGGGACAUGUUGCUCCUCCAGAACAUAUUGUUUCCCCUCCCCUUGUACCUGAUCCACACGAGGAACCUCCCCCGCACAAAUCGCAUCCUCUAACCGAAGAACUCUCUAGGCGGGGCGGCCAUGCUGGUGGCAGAUCAGGAGGCUGGGCGCCGGUACCUGAUCCGAAGCCCCCGCACGCUGAUAUCUCCAAGCGAGGACGAGAAGCUGGAAUCGUUGCUCCUGCAAGUGCUAUAGUCCCGCAAGGCCCACCCAAGCAUGAACCAGACGUCCCUUCACCUGAAUGGACACACCAUCUGAAAGAUGGCGCCCCUGGGAACAACGGCCCCCCUGGGAACAACGGCAAGCGAGACACCGCUCAGGGAUCUGAGCUGAACGCCCGUCAGAGGUUCGACCUUCCUCCUGAGCCACAGCCCAAGCUGCCCCCCUUGCCCCCUAUCUACAGGGGUGGGGGGAAAGGCAAUGGGAAGAAGCUGCCCCCGCGAAGAAGUCUCAUCGACGACGACAACGACUUUGCUAGCGUGCUUGACCUGCCUCCUGAGCAGAGACCCAAAGAAGUCCCAAUCUACAGGGGCAGGGGAAAGCGACCACCCAAGCGAAGCGUCGACGACGAUGACUCUCCCAGCCACCGCGAUCAUAAGCCUCGAGAGCCACACCCGCGAGCAAACCUGCUCAAGAAUCGACAGGGCAACGACGACGACGACUCUCCCAGUCAUCGCGAUCACAAGCCCCGAGAGCCCCACCCCUGAUGAGGCGUCACGCCCCAGCAGCUUACUUAGAGUCAAAGGCUGUGAUCUCGACUCUCGUUCUGCAUGAGAGCUCAUCGAUGAUAAAGCUCGUGACCCCAACGUGCUGGCGUCUGCGCUUCUUGCGCCCUAAUCUCGUGCAAAGAUCAUAUUCAUGUGUCUUGCUGAUGUAUCAAGUUCCCGAUGUUGUGUAUCCCGCGGCCCAAAGAGCGCCUGAAAAUAUCAUUUUUCGAACCUUC